UGCAAUCCUGACCUCCAACUGGCUGGUCGCAAUUUGAACCUCGGUGGUGUCAUGCAAGGUCAAAAUAUCAAUGUCGCCGGCGCCGGGCUACCUGGAAUCGGUGAGGAAGGCUUGCUUUAAUUGGUUUUAACAGUGCCAUAAUGGCAUACCGGGUAGCUUUCUUCUGAACAUUUAAUAUUGACCAUUCAUCGGAUCAUGAGCAACAUCGUCAGAUGAGAAUCGGACUUGUCACCUUGAUGCAUUUUCCAAUGCACAUGUUUAGCUCAUCUUUGUCCAUGAUUACAUACGGGCGCCGUCUCCUACAUUGGUACGCCUUACAUUUGCUCAAUCGAUGCCAAGCAUUUUUGCUACCAGCACAUCUAAAUUCUGGCUUGUGCGGGAUGUUGUCAGUGGGCAACUCAUCCCACUCGCUCUGGUCUUCUGAACCCGCCAUUUCCUGGCUAGAAUCCUUCUCUCACGAAAUCUCGAAUACCAUGGUGUCGAAAUUAUUGUACAGGUUGCUUACUCAUUUAAUCGCACAUUGAGGGAAUAGAAACCAGGGUUUUUACCGUUUUGAUUGGGCUAGCCGGUUU